AUGUCACAUAUGUUUAUCAAUCGUCUCGAGAAAUUAAAUUUUCUCAGUAUUACUGGUGGUAUUGAAGAUGGUAAAAUUUAUGAAAAGACAUUGCGUAAUUUGCAAACUUCAAAUAGUCGUUCUUUUUGAACGGAAGUUCCUAAGACGACAGAUGAAGAGAUACUUUUCAUAUGGGUAUAAUAACAUGAAAUUGCGAAUAUUUCUUUGCUUUGUUCUAUUAAACCUUUUUUUUGGGGGGAAAAGAAGUGUAAAAAUUUUUACAUACGAAUAAAAUGACCUUUUGUUUCGAUAUUAAGUUAGAAAUAAUCUAUCAAUGGUAGUAAUAUUAGCAAUAAGUUCUUCUAUAAUUUGACAUAUAUAAUAAAUAGAUUUUCAAUGAAAAUCUUACGGAUUAAAUCUCGUCAUUGACCACCUGCUAAUUCAACAUAAAUUAUAUAUAACCAACACAUUAGAUGGUUUGACAAUGAUUUAGCUGUUUCGGUAUCAGAACUUCGCGGAACGUGGGACGAUGUUUUUCGAAAAAUGGCAGGACGAGAUGGGACGGAAUUGAGCAGUUGUGGAUGCGGGACAAGACACAGUAACUUUUUUCUGGUCCUGCAGAAUCCUUUUAAGAGAGGUUUUAUCGACAACACUUUGUCACAUAACCGUUUAAUGAAAGAAAAAGGUCACACUAAGUGAUAGAGAUAAAGAAUGGUGAAUAAAAGUAAUGAAAUUCUUUAAGGUAGAUCAAUUAAGAGAUGCUCAGUUAUUUUUAAAUGUAAUACUCAUUAGGGAAAUGUUUUGAGUAAUAGCAGAGCCAAAGUUUUCCCAUCAAUAGCCAUAUUUGUGUAGGAAACUCUGUUAUUUUUACAAUUCGAUUCAAUAUUGCACUCUUAUCAGUUUAAGAUUUACUACGUCAACCUAUUUGAAAAUUCGAUCUUGUAUAGUUUGCAAUAAUUCUAUUGCUUUUGGAUAAACUGUAAAAGGUGACAUGAUUUCAAAAGGGGUUUUAUUAAUAAAAAUAGUCUUUUGUGUAUUUGAUAGGUGAUUUGAGAUGAAUAAAUAUCAUUUUUCAUCAGAUUUCUUUAUAAACAAAAAUUUAUUGAUUAAAAUAGAUUGAACUGAAUUAAGUGAUAACAAAGUUCUCAUAUUUUUGUGAUUUCUUCAUCGCUAUUCCUGUCUUCAUGAGUAUUAAUCAUUGUCUUAUUAUUUAAGAGAGGGUCCAUGAGAAAAUUGACCAAAUAUAUCAGAUAUUGGCAUUUGAAAAUUUUUUUUUGUUUUGAAAUGAGUUAGACCAUUCGAAAGAGCAUGGAAAGUUAGGCUUAGAACCAAAUUUUAGCUCUUUAUGAAAACUCCAUCAUGAGAUAUGAAGGUAUCUUUGAAACCACCCUCGGAUCUUAUUUUAAAAAUUUUGGAAAAUUAGAUUGUGUGUUAUGGAUUGUUUUAAAGACUAUCACACCCUACAAGCAUUUUAAUUCAUGUACUUUGUGAUAUUUUUUGCGAAAUAAACGUUAGUUUGAAUUUAUAAAAAUUUUUAUUAUAUAAAAUAAUCCGGUACUCAAAGGGUUAACUUAUGCUCUAUCUAUGGAUUAGAGGAGAACGAACUAAUAGAAAAAGGCGAUUUUUUUUCUCCGAGGGAGAAUAGAGUGAAUACUAAAAUGAAGCGAAACAGAAUUAACAUGUGUCGUUGACAAUGCUAUGGCAAAGGCACACUUUUUGAGACCUGUGGAGUGUCAGUGUGGAUGUGAAUGUAGAUCACGCUGAGAGUAAUAUCCACUCACGCAUCCAC